AUGGGCGCCAUAAUGCUUUCAGUUACGGCAGGGCAAGGCACCCACACGGUCACAAGCAUGAUGGACUUCCUAGUGGUCAAGGCUCUAUCAUCCUAUAAUGCUAUAUUAGGGCGUCCAACCUUCAACAACUUAAAGGUGGUAACCUCCACUUACCACUUUAAAAUGAAGUUCCCAAUAGAAGCGGGAGUCAGCGAACCUCGAGGCGAGCAGAUAUUGGCGCGAGAGUGUUAUGUCCAGAAGUUGAAGGCGAGGGCACCGAUAGUUUGUUUGGUGAGUAACUCAGGGGAGCAACCGCCACCACCACCUUGGGUAGAAGAGGAACAGGACAUAAAAGCCAGGGACGAGAGUAAUCUACUGCAGGCCAAGGCCAACGAGCCGCUGGAGAUUGUAAAGUUGCAUCCAGAACGCCCAACUGCCACCACAAGGGUCGGUACAAAGCUUCCACCGAAAUACCAAGAGGCCCUAAAACAAUUGAUAAUUGAACACAUAGAUGUGUUCACCUGGAGCUAUGAAGACAUGCCAAGGAUUGACAAUAAGAUCAUAGAGCACAGGCUCUGCGUCAAUCUAGAGGCCAAAAAAGUACUGCAGAAAAGGAGGUCGUUCGGCACAAAAAAAUGCAUGGCCAUAGCUAAAGAGAUCGAUAGGCUUUUAGCGGCGCGUUUCAUAAGAGAGGCGCACUACCCUGAAUGGCUCUUCAAUGUAGUGCUCAUAAAAAAGCCAAUGAUCAGGAUGAAUAAGACAGAUGAGGAGAAGACGAUGUUCAUAACUAGUAGAGGACUCUACUGCUACCGAGUGAUGCCUUUCGGAUUGAAGAACUCUGGGGCAACAUACCAAAGGGAAUCCUUCGUAGUAUUAUGCGAGUAUAAGAUGAAGCUGAAUCCAGCUAAGUACGCGUUCGGGGUUAACUCGGGCAAAUUCCUCGGCUUCAUAGUCUCGAGGAGGGGAAUUGAAGCCAACACUGAGAAGAUAGAAGCAAUCUUACACAUGGCACCGCCAUGA